AUGCCUGCAUGCACCGGGGGGACUGGGGGCCCUGCCAAGAGAAAGCAGCUUUACCUGGAGGAGGAGGAGCUCUUUCUAGAGAGCCCCUGGGGCACAGAACCUGCCCUAGAGCUGGGAGGGGAGAGGGAAGGGAUCUUCGUUCCUGGCAGUGGGCUGGGGUCCGAAGUGAGACAGGGGAAGCAAGUGACCUCCUGUACCACUACCCAGUCACCACGUCACCUGGCCUGGAUCAGCAGGAAGAAAACAAGAGGCAAUGAGAGCCUCCAGAGGUCCUAUGGAAGGGAAGGGAAGAAAGCGGUGCUGGGAAGUGACUCCCAGCUCUGCAGGGCAGCAUUCCUGGCCACCAUCCUGCUGCUGCUGCUGCGGGUCAAGGGAGUGAAGCCUCAGAAAGGCAGCCUGGACCCCAACGAGAGGAGUCAGAAUGAGAAGAUACCCUCUACAGACCAGGAUCAAGAGCACUUUGAAGAGCACUUUGUGGCCUCCUCAGUGGGUGAGAUGUGGCAGACUGUGGACAUGGCCCAGCAGGAAGAUGACAAGACAUCAAACACUGCAGCUCUUCGUGACCACCUAUUGGACCUAGCCUUCUGCUUCAAUAUGGCCAGCAUCAUGGUUUUUUUAUGAGGGACAUUGAGGCUGAAGUGGGGGCCUGGUUCCUGGAUGAGGACCUGGAUAUCUACCUCCGCUUCAUGAUAGCUUACUGACCCUCUCUCCUCACUGGGCUCCAGGUCACUGCUCCCACGGGAGGCAUAUGCAUGGCUUCCUGCCUCUGGCCAGUGGCUCUUCACCUCAGGAUGCAGCGUCCGAGAGACCCUGGUGCUGGCCUUCCAGCCACCCAGCGCCACAGCCUCACCGCCUCCCCACCCUCUGAGCUCCAUCUCCCAGGUCCUGAGACACCAGGCCCUUGCACUUCUCCCUCCCACACCUCUCCUGGCUCUGCUCGGGAGAGCACAUUGGGGCAAGGGGGCAGCAACAAUCAAAGUAAUAACAGUAAAAUCCUGAAAACACA